AUGACAGAUAAUCCUGUGGUAAUUGGAAUAGAUUUAGGAAGUGAAAAAAUUGUUAUCUCUAAGUGGGAGGGUGUUACACCUAAUUUCUUAAAGCCAUCAAUAGAAAGUCACUUUCUAGGGAGUGUUACUUAUACCACAUCAUUCCAAUUUAAUGAAAAGAGCAUACUUGAUAAUGAAUUAAAGUUUCCAGAAAGAGUAAUUCAUCAUGUUUGUCAAUGGCUUGGAAAUAGAAAACCAAGUAUUAUCAAAGGAAAAGAGUGUGUUAAUGGAUAUUUUGAUUGUGAACACUUUGGAGAAGUUAGUAUUGAAGUUAUUUUAUCAAUGAUGAUAAAAAGUUAUUUAGAGGAAUUAAAAAUAGAUAAAAUAGAUCAUAUGGUUAUUAGUGUUCCUUAUACAUUUGGUUUUCUUGAAAGAAAACAAAUUAAUGAAGCAAUGUCAUUAAUUGGAUUUAAUGAUGUUGUCAUUAUUGGAGAAGAUGUAGCAUCAAGUGUAUCAUAUUUAUUUAAUAGGUAUUGUAUUACACAACUCGAAAUAAAAGGUUUUAUUAAGCCAUUAGUUUUAUUAGAUGUAGGGUCAAGUCAUACAUUUUGUCAGUUAUGUAUUUUUGAUGGAAAUGAAAUUCUUUUAGUUUCAAGAAGAAGUAUUGAAGUUGGAGGACAGAAUAUUGAUGAAAAAUUAAGAGCUUUAAUAAUGCAUAAAAUCAAAGAAUUAGAUGAUGAUGAUGUAAAAGAAUUUAUGGAAGAAAAUGGUGAUGAUGAAAAAAAGAUGAAAAGACUAGAAAGUAAAGUUCAACAGAGUUUAAUUAAAUUAAAGACACUAUUCUGUAAUAGUGUUGUGAAUGAAGGAACACUCAAGAUUGACCUAUCAAGUGAAGUAACUGCAGAUGUAGAAGUUACAAGAGAAGAUAUGAAUAAUGUAAUGUCAGAAAUACUUAAAGAGACAAAAGGGGUUAUUGAAGAAGUUAUAAAAGAAGGUAUAGAAGAAUGUAAUGAUAAAAUGAAGUCUAUGAACAUUGAAAAUAAAAUUCAGGAAGUUUGCAUUAUUGGGUCUUCUGGAAGAAUUUCUCUUUAUAGAACAUUAAUUGAAAGUAUAGGACUAACUCCAUUAAUGGUUCUUGAUAAUGAGACAUGCAAUAGUUGUGGUGCUUGUUGUGUUGCAAAAAAACUUAGUAUUAGUUCUGAAGAUAUAGAAAAUUAUCAGAGAGAUACAAAUACUGAAGCGUCUCAAAAAGUUCAUUCAAUUAAAUUCUUUUAUAUUAGCCGUUUGAUAGAGAAAGGAGAAUUUCAAAUUAAUGGACAAGAAUAUCCAGAGAAUUCAAUUCUAGUCACACUUGGAGGUUUUCCAACUAUUACAAAAAUAACAUCCCAAAAUUUAGAAAUUAAAUAUAAAAAUGAAGUUAUUCUUUCUAAAGAAAAUUAUCCAUGGGAUUCAGCAACUAUUAAAUUAGACCAAUUUUACUAUAAUGGACAUGAAAAUUAUGAGUGUAAAAAAGAAAAAAUAUUGUCUAAUGAAAAUCAUUUCCAAAAAGUAAAACUCAGUAAUAGUACACCAUUAGGAUAUUUUAUCAUUGAUGAAGGUUUAACAAUCCCUUUAAAAUUUGAACAAGAUGAUGUCCUAGAAAAAAUACAUGAAAAUUUUGAUAAGACAACAAAAAAGAAUGAUUCAAUAAAAGAGGCUGAUAAAGAAAAAAAAGAUAUUAAAAUUCUCAUUCUUCAAUUAAAAAAACAAAGAAAUAAGGAAUUAAAUCAGAUUAUAAAGGAGAGUGAAAAUCAAAUAAAGAACAUUGUAGAUGAUUUGGAAUUGCUCAGAGAAAUAAAAAAGAAAUUAGAGUCUUAUAAAACUUCUACAAAUUAA